AUGUCGGGCAUUGGCGGAACGCCCCCCCAAGACAAGGGCCGGCGGAUUCCUGCCCCUGCGCCGGCGACAUCCUUCAUUGAGCAUGUCGUUCUCGUUGUGGCGCCUGUCACAUGUCCGACGGAAAACGCUGCUGUCGCCCAGGCGCCAGCCACAUUUGUCAUUGAGCAUGUCGUUUUCGGAUUAGUGAUACAGUUGGCACUUUUGCAUUGCAUGUUGCUGUGGUUGCUUUGUCGCCCCAUUCUGGUGCAUCAUUUGCUACAGCGCGCGCGUGACACACUGGUGUCGCCGAGCAGUUGGCCACGUUAA